AUGGCCCUGUCCUUCCUCGCUAUGAAUCUCUGGGAGAUGGUCGUCCGUUGCAGUCCGACGUUCAUCUACAUGGCCACGUGGACGGCGCUCAUAACCGUGACGGUGGCGGUGGCGGCUUUCUCUCCGGAGUUGGCGUUCGUAUGGGCGGUGUCGCCGUCGUCGUCCUUCGCGCUGGGUUGCGGGGGCGUCGGUGGCGCCGUGAGGCUCCCACUGGAAGGGCCACCAGGGGAGGUGGUGUGCGUGCCCGUCCACCUGUUCGGCCGCUCCAAGGCCGAUUUCAUAAUCCCUCCACUCUUCGCCGCCUUGGUCGUCGCCAGCUCCAUUUGCUUCACCUGGGCUGUCGGGCUGUGGGAGGCCGAAGAAGAGACGCUCAGCUAG